GUAAAUCCGGUACAGAAUAGUGAGUUGGUUCCUCGACUAAAGUCACCAACUCCCUACCUUCAAUCAAGGAUACUCUAUUAACCUAGGCAGAUAUUCUCAUUCUAGGUUAAAGCAGAAACAACAGGAAUUUGAUCAGGAUUCAAGUCAUUCAAUCAUUAAAACCUCAAUCGAAUAUAAUCAAUCAUAGAAGCAGUACUUGGGUUCAUACAAUCAAAGCCUAACAUACAAAUCUAGGGUUCUCCAUACCCAGAUGAAUGGGAGAACUACUCCAUGGAGAAGAAAGCAAAAGCAGAAUCAGACACGGACUUCAUACUGCGAAGGAUGGAUUCCUGCUUCUGGACGUUGAUUGGCACUUCUCCAAGCUCAAGCUGGCCUCCAAUGGUGUUGAAGAUCAAUCUAGGGCACUUGGGAACUCUUGCUCGUCACUUUCUCUCUCUAGGAAUCGCUCUCUUUCUCCAAAACCCGAAUCCCCCCGAAUUGUGGCUGAAAUUCUGCUUAAAAGGAGAAAAUCCCGACUCACACGGCUAGGGUGGCACGGCCGUGCAGCUCACCCAGUUGCCCGUGUGAGUCAAAACGCAGCGUAUCAUUUAGUCGAAUUUCAGGCUCUUUGCACGGCCAGAAUGGCACGGCCGUGUGAACUUCCCUUCCUGCCCGUGUUUGCUUUCGCAGAAUGUGGCACGGCCAACCCGGCCACUUGCACGGCCGUGUGGGUCUUCUGCUCUGCCCGUGUCUACUCUCGCAGAAUCCCACACGGCCAGGCCAUUCCUUCACACGGCCGUGUGAACAUCAGGGCAGCCCGUGUGAUCUCCUUUGUGACUUGCCUCGCGCCCGAUCUUCGCCCAAUCGACCCCGAACUCGCUCCUAAACCUUCAUUCACUUGCCAGGACCUGAAAUAUCACAAACAAGCACAACCUAGCGUGAAAUCGGUCUAAAACACGAGAAACCACAUCUCCAACGGUGUAAGAACAGGGGUGAAAACAUGUGUAACUAACGGUCUAUCAGCGCCCAUGACACAUCGCUGAGCUUUUGAAGCAGUGGAUCGCAGUUUAUGUGAUAUAUUAAAUGUUCCGCUGAAUGGACAUAGCUAUAAACCUUUUGGAGGAAAGACUGUUCUUUUUUGUGGAGAUUUUUGCCAAACUCUCCCAGUUAUAACCGAAGCUGGGCGUGAACAAACUGUUGAUAGCUCAUUGACUAGAUCCAAACUAUGGAGUUAUUUUAAAGUUAUGAAGCUAUCUACAAAUAUGCGAAUCACAGAAGCCCAGCAUGCUGACCAGUGACUAAUACAUGGAUAUACAUUCCCAGAAUGGGUCCGCGCCUUAGGAGAUGGAAAACUUAAAGCAAGAUCAUUCAGAGAAGAUGCCCCAAUGGAUUGGAUACAGAUUCCACAACUGUUCCUAAUUGAUCCUGGAGUUGAUCCUGUUUAGUCGAUCGUGGAUGAUAUCUAUGAUUUGUUCCCCCAAAAUCAUAGACACCCAGAGUACCUCACCAGUAGAGCCAUAAUUACUCCAACGAAUGCAACUGUUUCUACAAUUAAUAAUUUUAUGAUGCAAAAUGUUCCAGGAUAUCUGACAACCUAUUACAGCUCAGACUCGCUACUGCUAUCGACAGAAACAGCGGAUUCGUUUGAUGAAAGCUAUCCAACUGAGUUUCUCAACACUCUUACAUUCAACGGAGUACCAAGCCACGAGAUCACAUUAAAGGUAAACACACCAGUUAUGCUCUUACGCAACUUAAACCGUGGUCUUGGCUUAUGCAACGACACAAGAAUAAUGAUCACAUCGUUGGGCGACAACUAUAUAAAAGGCAACAUUAUGGGUGGUUCUUAUGACACUGAUGAGGUCAUUAUACCAAGAAUAGUGUUGAAUGUGGAGAACUCCAAGUGGCCCUUCAUACUCAAAAGGAGGCAAUUUCCAGUGCGAUUAUGCUAUGCGAUGACUAUAAAUAAAAGCCAAGGGCAAACACUUGAAAAAGUUGGGAUAUAUUUGCCUGAACCAGUGUUUAGUCAUGACCAACUUUAUGUGGGAGUUUCAAGAGUAAAAUCAGCAAGAGGUUUGAGGAUUCUUAUAGAAAACCCACCAGAAAUACCUCAUGACUUUACAAGAAACAUAGUCUUCAACGAAGCAUUUGCCAAUAUAGUGGAUACCUAAACUACUUAUCAGGUAAUUCCAUUAAACCUAUUAAACUAACAAAUGUUUGCAUCAGUAAAUGUUACUGAAACAGUUGUUUUUCUUUUGUAGGAUCGAAGAAAUUCACUGACGUACUCGCUUUGACCAUUGCCUACCCGCCGGUUAUUCUAUUUAGCGCGUAUGGAAGACCCUGAUGUUUGUAUCUAAAUAGUUCAGAGAGGUGAAUGUUUUGUCUUGAUCAUGCGUCCAAAUAAUGAAUGAUGAAGAACUACAUUCACCUUCACUUUUGGCAAUCAGUUCCUCAAACACAUGUUGCAGUUUAUAUCAUAUAAAUGGAAGAUCUGAGUUAUUAGAACCGUGUUUAUCUAAAUGUAAGAUAAAAAAACUCAAUUUUGUACAAAUUGCCUUCCCUGGACCACAAUCCACAAAACUAUAGGGCAAUACAAAGUAAAUCAGUAAACAUAGAGGCCCUUUUUCAAGCCCAUAAUACAAUGACCAAUGCAAAGCCUUAAUAGUCACAAACAUGAUUUAAAUAAAAGCCCAUAAUACAGGCCAAUUCAAACCAAGCGAUCCUCCUUAAAACCCUAUCCUCCCUCAUCAACCAUCGACAACCGCCGUCUACAUCUUCAUCAACCUUUCUCCGCCGAAGAAGCCCCACCACAGAAACUACCAGACAAACAUUAAAGCAAUGGUAAGUCCACGUCUCUCUCUUCUUCACCGCUUUUACUGCUGAAACAACAUUUCUGGUCGGUUUUUGUAUUGUUCGCACAGAGACCCCACCUGGCAUGGAGAGUUUAGGCAAAAACCGCCAGACAACAGAUGGCUCUCACAUGGUCCCCACCGAUAUCAAAGGUGAGCAACUUCCAUUUUCGUAAACAAAUCCUCCCAAGAAUCUCGAUUCCUCUGCAAGAAAGAUAAAAAAUCCAUUUCGUUUCUCUUUAUUGUCUUAUAGAUCCGAUUGAAACUUGCAUGCCAUUUCGGGGUUUGCGUUUGGGCAUAAAUACUCGCAUAGUCAUUGCUCGGCCUGUGAUGACGUGGCUCGAAUUCCGAGAGGCACCCGGGCUUAAAAACCUCAGCAUGCACAUGAUUUGGAUAGACAAAAAAGUUCAUUUACAAUUAAGUUACAGAAUUGCAUAAUCUAUUCAUAAGUUCUUUUAGACCAGUGUACCAUAUAGUUUGAGAUCGCUAAACUGUUUAUCUUAUAGGCACGAUUGAUCGAGUCGAUGGUUGAUGAAAAGGACAUCAGCGAGCUUUCUCGCAAGAUUAAAGACGGGAACCUUUAUCGUAUUGAUUCGGUGGUGGCUAUACCAGCAAGAGAGAAUCCUAGGAUUGUUGCAUGAGAGUUAAGGAUACACAUAACUCCCGAACAAAACAUCCCCAAAAUUGAAGAAGACCCAGAUGAGCCACGAUUACCCAUCGGCUGGGACAUUGGGAUGGCUUUUUCGAUAGUACCACUUCAGACAAAUACCAUUGACUAUCAUACAGGUACGCUUGACUAUCUCAGUUUCCUAUGCUAAAAUAAACGUAAACUUUAAAA